GUUCUUUCUUCCCAUCUCUGAAGCCCUCUGAAAUGGUCUUCAAAGUUAUCUUCUGGCUGGGAUACUUCAACAGCUGCGUGAAUCCCAUCAUCUACCCUUGCUCCAGCAAAGAGUUCAAGCGAGCUUUCAUUAGGCUGCUCAAGUGCCAGUGCCACCGGAGAAGACGACCCAUCUGGCGCGUCUAUGACCACCACUGGCGAGGGGCCUCCGUAAACAGCUCGGUGCCAGACUCUGAGACAGACAUGAGGCCCAGGAUUAGCACCCUGAACAGCUCAUUCAUCUUUAACUCAUCCUUGCAGGACAGAGCCAAUAAGAGGCAAACACUCAGCUUCAAGGGCUGGAAAAUGCUCAGUCCUUUCCAGAAACCAGCAUCCACCCAACUGAAGGAGAAGAUGAACAGUCUUUCUAACAAAAUCCGAGGUGGCUCCAGCAAAGGGAGCAUGACAGCCACCUACAAAACAGAGGUGGAGUCUGUCUCCAUCGGGAUCCCUCAUGACUUUGUGGAAACCAUUGACUACCAAACCUAUGACUUAACAGACUGCUGUGGGCUGCGAGAAACAGAUAUCUGA